GCAGUCUUUACUGCCGCUUGAAGAUUAGUUAACAAAUGCAUCUUUUAAUCCCUCUAUCUGUCAUCAUUCUUUCAAACUUUCCGCUUAGAUCAACAGGUCAAGCGUAUCUGUAGGUGGUUUUGAGGUGUGUGUGUGACUUCUCCCUCUGCCCCCUGUGACCCCUGUAUCCUGGUUGACCUUCGCCCCCUCCCCUCCCCUCCCUGAGGCCGCACUGAGAUCCAUGGCGUUGGAGAAGCUCCUGGGUUUCGGGAAGCAGUUGCUGAGGGUGAAGGUGGUGGACUGUAACGCUGAGGACUCCCAUCUGUCCCGAUGCCUCAACACUUUCGACCUGGUGGCCCUCGGGGUGGGCAGCACGCUAGGCGCUGGCGUCUACGUGCUAGCCGGGGCUGUUGCAAGAGAGAAUUCAGGUCCUGCGAUUGUGCUGUCUUUCCUGAUAGCAGCGUUAGCUUCAGUGUUAGCCGGUCUGUGCUACGCUGAGUUUGGAGCCCGUGUUCCCAAGACUGGUUCAGCUUAUCUUUACUCCUAUGUGACUGUAGGGGAACUAUGGGCCUUCAUCACUGGAUGGAACCUCAUCCUCUCCUAUAUCAUUGGGACUUCCAGUGUGGCCCGAGCAUGGAGCGCUACCUUCGACGAGUUGGUUGGGAAGCGCAUAGAGGAGUUCUACAGAGAGAACAUGCCCAUGAAUGCACCGGGUAUAUUAGCAGAGUACCCUGACAUGUUUGCUGUUCUCAUCAUAUUCACCCUCACAGGUCUGCUGGCAUUUGGGGUCAAAGAGUCAGCGAUUGUGAACAAGGUUUUUACGUGUAUAAACGUCCUUGUCUUAAUGUUCAUGGUGAUCUCUGGCCUAGUCAAAGGUUCUAUGAAGAACUGGCAGCUGGACCCUGAAGAGAUCCUAAACCGCAAUUAUACCAGUGACUCCAGUCUCAAUGUGACAGAAAUUCUUCCAACCAGAGAGAGUUUGGGAAAAGGCGGCUUCAUGCCGUUUGGUUUCUCAGGCGUCCUGUCCGGAGCUGCGACUUGCUUCUAUGCCUUUGUGGGUUUCGACUGCAUUGCUACAACAGGUGAAGAGGUGAAGAACCCCCAGAAAGCGAUCCCUAUCGGCAUCGUGUCCUCCCUGCUCAUCUGCUUUGUGGCGUACUUUGGUGUUUCUGCGGCCCUCACUCUCAUGAUGCCGUACUACCUGCUGGACGGCAAAAGCCCUCUGCCUGUGGCUUUUAAAUAUGUGGGCUGGGGAGGAGCCAAAUACGCUGUGGCUGUAGGCUCUCUUUGUGCUCUGUCUACUAGUCUGUUGGGUUCCAUGUUCCCACUACCCCGCAUCAUCUUUGCCAUGGCUCGGGAUGGCCUGCUCUUCUCCUUCCUGGCCCGUAUCAGCAAGAGGAAAUCCCCCGUAACCGCCACUAUGGCCGCCGGGGUCAUGUCUGCUAUCAUGGCGUUUUUGUUCGACCUGAAGGACCUGGUGGACCUGAUGUCGAUAGGGACGCUGCUGGCCUACACAUUAGUGGCUGCCUGUGUCCUGGUGCUCAGGUAUCAGCCUGAGCUGGUGUAUGAAAUGGCUAAUACCCAGGAUGAGGGGGAGCAGAGCGACCGCAUCAGUGUCCCCAGUAUGGGCAUCCUGCCUGGGAUGGAGCAGAGUUUCAGCUUCAAGACCCUCCUGUUUCCAGACAACACUGAGCCAUCCACACUGUCGGGCUUCUCUGUCAACAUCUGUACCUCUAUCAUGGGAACAUUGAUCCUGGCGUUCUGUAUACUGGCGGUGCAGGGAGGCUUUGCUGCGUGGAACAUUGUAGCCAUCAGCGUCAUCUUCAUGGUGUGUCUCGUCCUCACCUUCAUCAUCUGGAGACAGCCUGAGAGCAAGACGAAACUUUCAUUCAAGGUCCCUCUGCUACCCUUCAUUCCAGUGAUCAGCAUGUUUGUGAAUGUUUACCUGAUGAUGCAGCUGGACAGAGGAACUUGGAUACGGUUUUCUGUCUGGAUGGCAAUAGGUUUCGUGAUCUACUUCUCGUACGGCAUUCAUCACAGCGUUGAGGGAAAAUUGUCCCGCUCGUCUCCAGGCACCGAGAUGAACGGUUUCAAAGGCAACAAUGAUCCACAGGCCAGGUCCCAUGAAAAAGAGGCCUUCCUGAACAGUGGUAUUGAUGGCGAGGAAGAGGACGAUGGAGAUUUGUAGGAAAGCAUUUUAACAUGCUGUUUAGAUUUCAAACUCCCCCAACGCAAGUCUGUCUGCAUAAGAGUCUUUUAGACUAGACGACUCCCUGUCAUUACUUCCUUUUUGUGAAAGCAAUGAUGAAUAACAUUGACCUAAAAUUCACACACCUGUGACCUUCGCCGAGACUACUGGAUAAAGAUUCAGAAAACUGACACCUUGACCCUCCUUAAGCCAUAUUUGACAUGUAUUAUUUGGUAUUUUUGAAUAGGCUUGUUACCCUUUUUGCAUGGCCUUGAGCUUUAACUAGUGGUUAUAGCUUGGCCGUUUGAGGGGGGAGGGCUCAUGUUGGAUGAGGAACAUUUUAGUGUCUCAUGGAGCUAUAAGAUCGGGCUUACAUUGUUGGCAGGAGGACGAUGUGAUGCAGCUUUCAUAUGGGUGCCAGAAAGUUUAACAGUAAUAAACGUUUUGUUUUUCUUUCUUAUAUAAUAAUUACUCUACCAUCUACAUAAUUCACAGUCAGUAUUAAAUACAGCUUGGUAGCAAAUGCUAUAUUUUCAAAAACCUGAUAGCUCUCUUUCAAUGUUACUGACUGUUGAAUCGCUGCUCUUCCAGCCGUCUCUGACAACAAAAGAAAGCUUGCAAAAUACACUGCAACAUAUUUGUCAAUGAUGUUAUUACCCCUGUUCAACAGAAGCAAAGGGUGGUCUGGUGUUUGGCUGCACAAACAGUUUAAGUGAUCCAGCAGGAAGAUGAAGCUUACAGUUUCCAAAAGUCCAAUUUUAGGUCAGAAGGAUUGCAUUGAGGCCGUCUGAGGUCCCAGGCUUUAACUUGCAAAAGGGAAAGGUCGGCGUUUGGGGCUGGGCAAUAUGGCCGAAGUCUUCUGUCAUGAUAUAGGUCAUUAAAUAUCUAUAUCUCUUUAUUGCACGAUGUAGCAUGUUUUCUGGCCUAUUGGUGUAUGCUCCUUUGUAAAUGUUAUAGUAAGAGCUGUUAUUUUCAAUUUAGACUGAUUCAUUGUGUAUCACAAUAUUUCAAUAUAAAUUAUUUGAUCACUUUACGCUUCCUUUGAAAGACGAUAAAUGAUCUUAUUGAGUUAAUGCCCAGCCCUACUUGCAUCCUACUGUGGUUCUACAAUAUGGCUCAAAUACAGGCAUAUGUAUUUGCAAGAACCAAACAACAUCAAUAAUAUGCCAUGGAUCUGCAAAUAAUGACGCAGACAAGGCUGUACAAGACAUUAAACAACACAUCCUGUUGGACGGUUCCUUAUUGUGAGACAAGUAAUUCCAUCCAAACCCCCACAGGAUCAUGGGACUACAAAUCGUGUACCUGCUAUCUGAUUAAACACCAUCAAAAUAAUAAUGACAGUUGUUAGAAUAUGCUCUCUUAUUUGGGAUAUUCAAUACCCUUGUAAAUGAAUGGAAUCCUGAUACAUGUUGAGCAUCAGGUGAAGACAUUGACAGUUGCUGAAUGUCAGUUCAUGUAAUGUGACAUUAGAUAAAAGCAAAUAUUCACAGUGCUGGCUGCUGUGUAACUUUGCAUCUGUAGCUUGUAACAUUGAACGUCUCUUUUCAAAAAUAAAACAG